UAUGGGCAAUAAGUCUCUUUGUUGUUCCGCUUAAUCUGAACUCCAAUCAUAGAUAUGCAAAUUAGAUGGUAGACCCCAAGCAUAGAUUAUUUAAUAAACAGAUGUGAAUGGGUGUAGAGUUGUUUUGAGUUUGGGAAAAUUAUUUAAUGAACAAGUAGAUAUAAUUGUACUACCAACAACUCAGAAAUUGAAAUUGAAUAAUUAAGCAUCAGAGCACAUUAAGUAUAUUAUCAUUGCGAUAAAAUAAAUAGAAAAUUCGGUAGUAAUUAAAUAUUAAAUGAAUUGCACCAAAUUCUAUUGAGUGAAGGAGGAAAAGUAUAAUUGGGAUCAGUUGUUCAUACUCAUGCUGGCGAAGUUAUAUAUUGUAUAAAGAUUUUAGAUGCCAUAUGAUUAUAUAUUCUUUGCAGUAUUACCUAAUGCUACUGAAGCUUCAAUUAUAGUGUUGAAUGAAUCAUUAGAAUAAGAGUUAGUAUCUUCAAUUGAAGAGAACUUCAGAGUAAAUUCAUUUGCAGCAUAUGCUGAGAAAAAGAAACUAGAUUCUACAGAAUCUAGAGAAAUUUAAAUAGUUUAUGAAGCUAUAAUAAAUUGUUUAGAGAAAGCAACAGAAUUGGGUGUUAAAUCAAUAGCCUUUUCUGUUAUGGAUUAAUAAAUUAUACAAAUAGCAAGAAGUAAAUUAGCUUCAGUGAUGUUAUUUGCUAUAAAGAGUUUCUUGAGAGACAAUUCUAAUAAGACCUCUUUAGUGGAAAUAAGAAUUUCAUCAUGUGAAGCUCCAACUUUCAAAAUUUAUAAAACCUAUAUGAAUUAGAUUUUAAAUGAUUAGGGUGAAACUACGAUUGAGAAAUUGUUUUAAUAAGAAGAAUAAAUUUAUUAAUAGGAAUUCAAAAUUGACAGUUAGACUGAUAUCAAGAAAGAUGAUAUUAGAAAAUUUUGUAAUGGAUGUAAAGACGGAGAUUCCAAAUUAAAGGAAUUUAAAAGUUCUUUUUGA